AUGUCGUGGGUAAGAUUGGCGGUCAACCGAGCCGUCGAAGCAGGUGGCCAGAGCAAUCUCACCCGCACCGUUCGCAAUUACGCCGACACCGUCGUUCACCAUGCGAGCAACGCCGUCGCCGGAGGUGCCAAAAUCAUACAGGACCGCAUUGUAUCGCGGAAUAUGCAAAGUUUUAGGCAUACUGUAAAACGGUUAGAAGAAGUUUCUGUUUCAUGUAGAGGGAUAGAGAGAGUUCAGUUGCUUAGAAGGUGGUUAGUUGCUCUCAAAGAAGUUGAGAGACUUUCUGCUACAAGCACCGCCACUAACACCGCAAAUGCAAAAGAUCAAGAUGACCACUUUGUUUCUGAUGAUAAUAAGGAUUCACCUACAGCACCUACAUUGAUUUACUAUGUAGACCCUGGUGCCCCGGGUGAACCAAAAAAUUUUCAAGAUGUUUUUCUCCACAGUCAAGCUCUUGAGGGCAUAACAUUGUCAAUGAUUCUUGAAGAACCAAAUGAGGAAGAAUUUUCACUACUUUCAGAGAUAUAUGGGCUUUGCAUUAAAGGGGGGAAGGAAGAACAAACUGCCUUGUUAUCCAGUGUACAGAAGUUGGCACAAGCAUUUUCUGGAUAUGAAGAUGAAGUAUUGGCAAAACGAGAAGAGUUACUUCAAUAUGUUCAAGCUUCCAUUUCAGGGCUGAAAGUAAAUGCUGAUCUUAUGAGAAUAGAAGUUGAAGCCUGCAAUCUGAAAGAUAAAAUUGACAAGAUGAAGGCAUCAAAUUCAGUCGAGACAGCGCCUGUUACAAUAGAGGCUUUAGAUGAAGCUAUGAAAAAUAUUCAAAUGUUUUCAAAGUUGGAGGAACUCUUAUUGAAAAAGAAAGACUUUAGCUCUGAUGAUUCUCCAGAACUUUAUGCUGAAAAGGUUGAUAAAAUGAAAAUUUUGUCAGAAUCUCUUGCAAAUUCUACGACAAAAGCUCAGAGUCGCAUUUCGGAGCACAGCAGAUCUCAGAAAGAAGAAGCACUUCAUUUUCGGCUAACCAAGUCCAAUGAGGUUAGCGAAAUUGAGAAGGAGCUGGGAGUGGAGAUUGAAGAACUCGAGAAGCAGAAAAAUGAGCUCGAAGACAAACUUAAAAAGGUAAACACUUUGUUGACAUCUGCUCGUACACGUCUCCGCAAUGCAAAAGAAGAAAAAGACCAAUUUGAUGAUGCAAGCAAUGAAAUUAUUGUACAUAUAAAAACGAAGGAAGACGAGAUGUCACGAGCCAUUGCUUCUUAUACAACCGAAACCAAGGUUGUUGAUACAUGGGUCAACUUUCUAGAGCACACAUGGAUAUUUAAAACCUCUCUUACCAAGAGAAAUGAGGAGCAGAUCAAUGCUGAAUUGGAGAGAUAUGGAGAUUAUUUUGUGAAUUUGGUUGUUAAUCUUCUGUCUUCUUAUAAGGAAAAUCUGGGUUCAUCUGUUCCUCAAAUAAGAACACUUGUGGAGAAUUUAAGAUCAAGUCAAGGGUUAGAAAUACCAGUAAAUAAUGACGGUUCAAGAGUAGAGAAUCCAAGGAAAAAGCUUGAAGAAGAGUAUUUGGACAUAGAAUCCAAGUUUUUAACCACUUUGAAUAUAGUGGACUUCAUGGACAAGCAGUUUCACAUUCAAAAGGAAGGCAUUUUCAGAAAAGAUAAGGACAAGGUGACAGAACUAUCACACGCCAUUGAGAAAAUAAAACAAGAUUUUGAAUCAAUUGAGAGACCAAAGUUGCAAAUUGAGGCACCAAUUGAAAAGUCAGAAACACCCUCAGCAACUCCAUCCCCUAUGUUGAAGUUGCCUAAUAAAAACAAGCAAGAUAAAAAGAAAAAAUCUCCAUCAUUUAUUAUGAGAACAAUAUCAAUUGAAGAACUCGAUAAAUCAAGCGAGGAUGACUCAGCAGAAGAGAUAAGUGAAUGGGAAUUUGAUGCAAUUGAUAGAGAUCACAGUUGA